GGAGGGGCUGCUGGGAAACAAGCAGAGGGAGCCAGGCCUACUUUCGUUGUGUAUUAGAACAGACGUGAGCUACACGGAAAACAAAAAGAAAGUGUUGGUAGAUCCUGACACUGCAGUAGGCUCUCAGAUCAAUCCUUCUUCAGCAAGUAAGAGAAGCUCUCUGCAGUUCCCAGCAGUCUGACAAAACAAGACCAGGAUGGCAUUGUCAGUUACGAAGGGUGAAGGAGUGACGGUUUUGACCAUACCCUCUGAUGCUGGACGCACAGUCCCUGUGGGGAUACAGCUCCUGGUUGCCCUAUGCUGCAGCCCAUGGUGCUACGUGUCUCAGGGGAUGAGGAGGCUCCUGACUGGCACCCAGACUUCACUGGGGACGGUGCAGAUCAUGGUGGGUCUGAUCAACAUUGGUCUUGGGGCAGUCCUCCUGAGUGUACAAUAUUAUACUGUUCUGUCCUGGACUUCUGCUCCCUAUUGGCUGGGUGCAGUGUUCAUUGCUGCUGGUCUGAUGAGUAUACUAGGUGAGAGGUUUCCAAGUCCUUGUUUGGUGUCCCUGACAGCUUUUAUGAACAUGGCUAGUGCCUGCCUGGCAGUGACUGCAAUCGUGCUGUGCUCAGUUGGCCUGGCCCAGGGGCUGAGCGCACACCGGAUGUGCAGAUUGUAUGAAACGAGCCCUUACCAACGGGAGAGCUACUACGGCUACGGAAGACCCACACUUUCUCCUGAAGAACUCAGAGUAAAAGAUCAGUUGAGGAGGACAAACUUUGAAAUGUGCCAGAGUAUGGGCAACAUCCUUUCGGUCAUGCUGGGAGGAAUUUACGUUCUGCUGAUCCUCUUUGCUGUCCUCCAGCUCUGUGUCUCUAUUGCCACCACGGUUCUGGGCAUAAAGGCUUUGUGCAACAACAGCACCAAGGGAAAGGCUGAACCAGACCCUGAACUUUACAAGCCUAUUGUGGAGGAGGUCACCACCACCCCCACAGUUUAGAAAAGAACCACCAGGACAUAUCUGACACUUUUCCUAUUUCCUAUUCCUAUUCCUUUUCCUAUGUUUCCAGGGGAUGAAUGCAAAAUAAGGUCAUAAUGGUGUAAUUCAUAUAACGUAUAAAAAGUUGGUUAUUCUUUUAAAUAUUUGUUUAUAUUUUCCAUUCCUUUAUGUGGUGGGAAAUGAUGCAUUUAUUCAUUAAAACUGAUUUCACUGGAUAUACUAGCAUUUUUUAAUACAUUUUCUAAUAUUAUAACAUGAUUAUGAAUAUUAUAUACUAGUUUUAUAUGCAAACUGUCAACUCUUGUGUGCAAUGACCUGAAAAUCACAAGCACAUCCUACAAUCAGUAGGCCAGAAAAGCCAUAUGGGUAGGUCAGAGUGGAGUUUAUGUUCUCAUACCAAUUUUAAAGGGCCCAAGAAGGGCUGAAGAAAAACUUGGAUGAGGUUUCAAGAAAUGCACUGCCGAGUUAAUUGCUGUGUUAUUUGCAAAUUUUCAAAUGUUUUAAUACAGCAGUUGUCAAAAUGACUUAUCUAAUGUUUGACACUACCUGUAAAGAACAGUUUGCUUUUUUACAGUGUAGUCCUUAAAAUAACUCAAAUCAUGUGUCAGCAUCUCAAUAGUAUAUACAGUACCUAAUCUAAUCAUCAGCUGGCCACUCAGACUACUGCAUGUCAUAAAUCUGAUUUUAAACCGAUAUCUUCUAUAAAACAGUAACACUUGUCUCUGAUCUUGUCAGUGUGUACAUACAGUACAUCACUGAUACAAUUCCGAAAGAAUGGGUUCAUGUAUUAAUUGUGGAAAAAAAUAAAAAUCCAGCAUUCA